GACGGACAGAUGCUGAAAAUCGCGUGCUCUCGAUCAGUAUUUAUUUAACCUUAAUUCAGUGAACAGGUUCGAAUAAAUGAAACUAUGUAAAUUUUAGCUGUUAUUAGAAAAAUCUAUUACAUAUUUAUCUAUUAUUGUCAACUUUGUUAUUACCGCGAAAACAACGAGUUCUUUAAAAGUGUUGGGAUCGUGCAAAAACAGUGUUGUUUUGGUGUUUUUUUUUUGUUUGGAAGAUAUUUUGAAGUGCCGAGAGAUCUUUUGAUAUCGCGAUUUCGUCUCAGAGUAUUUUGCUGUUGAUACAGCUGUCUGUUGUAUCUUUGGGGAGAUUUUCUUUGAAAUCUGGAUUAAUUUUACUUUUGACAUCAUGGAUUAUUAUUCAGAGAAACCGGGGUUUCAACCGCCAUACGGAGGAAUCGACAAUGGCAUGGCGUACGCUCUAAGUCCCGCGGGUCCGGGAUAUGCUGGUCCGGGAGCCAGUCCGACACAGGCAACCGGAGGUGAACCGUUUGCCGCCGAUAGCCCUUACUUCCCGUUUAGCGCGCGACCCGGAAGUAGAUUGUCACCCGCGAAAGCAAAAGUGACACCAGGACUGAGGCCAGCCAAAGAAGAACCCCAACAAACGGGCGCCACCUUAGACAAUCCGCAAUGGUAUGGAUCGGAUGAAUUUGCACAUGAUUCACCUCGGUACACGUCCCCAGCGGGCAACUACUACCUACCCCCAGACAGUACGCCAGGUUCAGUGGGUGACUGGCCUACGUCUUACGGAACCUCCUAUCAACCUUAUGAUAGCUAUGGCUUGGCGGAGCCCGAAGCGCAAGGUUUACCACCGAUGUCGUCGUUUCGGUCGAACGGAACGCCUGUAACGACGGCCGCGGCCCCAAAUAACACCGCCUUUGGCCCGGGAAGUCAUACGGAUGGAAUUAACAAAGCAUUAGGAGCGAUAUAUCCAAUUGCAGAACAAGCUAGCGCAAGUAGUUAUAGUUCGGCGCCGUCUACGCCGGUUAGUUCACCUCCUCCACUAGCUCCGGCCGCGUGGCUCGGAAACCACAAUAAUCCACACUCGCCGCAUUACACGCAAGCCGUUUCCGUGAAUAAUGGUGGUACAGCUCAGGGUCUACACAUGCCGUCAGCCCCCGAAGCGCAACGAUUAGACGAUGCCAUCGGCUUCUUGCGGGACCAAGCCGACGUCAACGGAACACGUAUGGAAGAAAGACUGGACGACGCGAUUAACGUCUUAAGGAAUCACGCGGAGUCUCAAAUCAAUUUAGGCCAGCUACCUCCCAGUUUGGGGCCUCCACCCCAAAUGACGUCGUUGAAUUAUACGGCACCACCACCUCCAGAUACACACCUGCCAGAUUCCGUCAAAGUCGAAAGAGCUACAUACAAUACAAAAAAACGUAAAGAACCGCCAGAUAGUGAUACAAAACCAUCUAGUUCAGUAGAAAGUAUAGGCCAACCGAAUUCCACAAGCGGAUCAUCGUCAAAAUCAAAUAAAAGAACGCGACGGUAUUGUUCCAGUGCGGACGAAACCGAGGACGGUGAUAUAGAUCCUGACAUUAAAGCGCAGAGGGAAAAAGAAAGGAGACAGGCCAAUAAUGCUAGGGAAAGGAUACGCAUUCGUGAUAUAAAUGAGGCCCUAAAAGAAUUGGGUAGGAUGUGUAUGUCACAUCUAAAAACGGAUAAACCACAGACAAAAUUAGGUAUCCUAAAUAUGGCCGUGGAGGUUAUAAUGACGUUAGAACAGCAAGUUAGAGAACGAAAUUUGAAUCCUAAAGCGGCGUGUUUAAAACGACGAGAAGAAGAAAAGGCUGAAGACGGGCCAAAAUUGGGACCAGCUUCUCAUCAUAUGCUCACAGCGCCACAUUAUCCAGCAAUAUCUGGCCCCCCACCAAACUUGCCUCAUAACACAGGGCAGCCCCAAUAGCAUUGCUAGUGAACGAAAAAUAAAAAA